CUUAAAUCGGCCAACUUCACACAAAAAUACAGGUUUGUGUGUGUGUGUGUUUAUACCAGAAAUAAAGUUUAGAUCAGUUUCUUGUCAGCUGGAUCAAUUAUGUCUUGGGUCUAUCACAGGAACUCCUGCACUUCACAAAGGAAACAUCAUGCUGAAGAGGAAGGGGCAGGCCCGACCUUACACUAGAACCCUGGAUGGCGGAUGGGGAUGGAUGACAGUGUUUCAUUUCUUCCUGGUAAAUGUGUUUGUGAUGGGGAUGACCAAGACAUUUGCAAUUUUCUUUGUGGUCUUUCAAGAAGAGUUUGAAGCCACCUCAGAGCAAACUGGUUGGAUUGGAUCCAUCAUGUCAUCACUUCGUUUUUCGGCAGGUUUGGGGUCUGCUUUCUUAUACCAAGUAGCUGCUGUAGUAAUUAAAUACUUCAAAAAACGACUGGCUCUUGCUACAGCUAUUGCCCGUUCUGGGAUGGGACUGACAUUUCUAUUGGCACCCUUUACGCAAUUCCUGAUAGAGCUCUAUGACUGGACAGGUGCCCUUAUAUUAUUUGGAGCUAUUGCAUUGAAUUUGGUGCCUUCUAGUAUGCUCUUAAGGCCUGUCCACAUCAAAAGUGAGAACAAUUCUGAUAUUAAAGGUUUGCCUACAAGUGAUCCAGAGAUACCAGAAACAUCAUACUCCAAUGAGACACAAGAGUCUUCCAUCAACAACAGCAUAAUGCAGAACACUGGACAACUUGAUAAAAGCUUAACUGUCUCACAAAAUCAAAGUGAAGAGUUCAACAACAGGCCUAACAGGAACCGACUGUUAAUGAGUAAUGAAGAAUAUUAUAAGAAAAAGGCCAUUUCACAGAGCUGCAAACAAAAGAUCUUUGAUGUUUCUCUCUUUCAGAAUCCUUUCUUUUACAUAUUUACCUGGUCUUUUCUCCUCAGUCAGUUAGCAUAUUUCAUCCCUACCUUUCACCUGGUGGCCAGAGCCAAAACACUGGGGAUUAAUGUUAUGGAUGCCUCCUACCUCGUUUCUGUAGCUGGUAAGAAAAACUAUCAACCUUCUACCUAUAAGGAAAAAUGA